AUGGCCGCCCAAACGCACGACCCUCAACCGACUACAAUGCUUGUCCAACCUUCUCAGCAUGCGGCUGCCAAUGGGGACGGCAUGCCACUUUAUGACCGCAAGGACGACUGCAUGUAUCCCACGGACUUGCUCUCACCGACUCUUUUGUCUAAGAACUGCCAAAGUACCUUUGUUACCCCGAGCGUCCCAUUAACCCCCGAAUGGGUGAAGCUGCCUGCUCUGGACCAAGUCGAGAAUCGGGUCAUAAUCCCCGCGGUGCUGAUCUUCCAAAUGCCCUUGCCUGCUCUUCGGCAGCCGCUAUUGCGAGACUUGAAAACCAGUCUUGCGAACACGAUUGGGGAAUUGUCGUUUUUGGCGGCAGACGUUGUGCCAGACUGCGAGGAGCAGGGAUCAAUUCAACUGGAAAUCUCGGACGGCGCCGGAGUAUGGUUCCACUCCCAGGAACUGCCAGAAAUCGAUUAUCACGCACUCGAGCGCCGAAGAUUUCCAUGUUCGGCAUUUCCGUUCCUAUCAUCGGUGGUACCAGAGCCACGGCUUCACCGCUCGCAACGAACUCCUGUCCUCACCGUGCUAGCGACAUUCAUCACCGGCGGACUGCUGCUGGCGUUGAACAAUCACCACUCUGUGACUGACGGUACUGGAAUGAAACCUUUUAUCAAGACCUUUGCAAAGCAUCUUGCGGCCUUGUCGGAAGGCCGUUUCGUUUCGUCAGAGGAUGUAUUUCCGGAGGAAGCACUUGACCGAUCAAACAUCUUUAGAGGUGGCGGACGUAAACAGCUCUGCGAUAUUCCGAACUAUCGAGUGAGCGAAAAUUACCGAUUCGCUCGAGAGAACUCGCUACUUGAGGCUAUUGUCGCUCGGGACGAGCAACUCCAGCUGCUACAGAAACUCCAACUUUCACAUUGGGUUGUCUCGGGCAAGUCGCUGCUCGCAUUGAGAGAGGCUGCAUCGCCGCUACAUGAAACAGAAGGCUCGACCGUCUUGACAAACCACGCAAUAUUAUGCGCGGCGCUGUGGCGUCAUAUAUCCCGAGCGCGACAGUUAUCCUCUUUGGGCAUCACGACAAAUUCCUUCAUCAGCACUGUCAAUGUCAGGAGGCGAAUGGACCCCCCGCUUCCGCUGGAAUAUGCAGGCAACGCACUCGUGCACGCCAAGACUUCUGCAGCAGUCUCUGAUGUGGUGUCGGCAGAGCCUGGAACGCUGUACAUGUUGGCAAGACAAAUCACCCAUGCAAUCGAGUGGUGGACGUCGGAGCGGAUUUGGGAGCUGAUUGGAGCAAUUGAGUCUAGUGCAAUGAUCAGCAAAAUAGAGCCCGACAUGGAUAACUUUCAAGGCCCAGAUCUGGAGGUCAGCAACACCGCGACGAUUGGAGAUGUUCUCGAACUUGACUGGGGAUGUCGGCUGGGGAAGGUGAAGGCUAUACGCUUUGCGUACGCGCCAGUCAAGGAUGGCUGGGUCAAUGUGUUGCCUCAAAAAAAGGGAGAUGAUCUAGAGCUGCUGAUAGCCCUUGAGAAGGAUGUUAUUAAGCGCCUGGGACAAGACAAAGAAUGGCUCCAAUUUGCGCAGGAAUCUUUAUAA